AUGAAUGCUUAUCAAUUAAUAAUUGAAAAUUUGGCGAAAAUUUUGAAAACAACCGUUAACGAUGAAGUUAGCUUGAAGAAUGAUAAUUUUGUUCCAACAAUGAUUAUAAUGCUAGCCGAUUAUUGUGACAACAGUAACUGUAGCUAUGACAAUUGCAUCAAA